AUGUCUGGUCCCUCAGAGACAAUAAAGUUGAGGAACGACUCGUCGAUUGAUGGCGAUUUAAAGAACCAGGACUGCGACGUGUACCUGUCUGGAUCUGGGUCCAGCCGUUUGGCCAUAUUGUAUAGAAGAUUCAUAAUUGUACUCUUAAGUGGAAUCGAAUCGUACUUUGGAGCACCAAUCUCUUCUGGGAUCGCUGCUGUUUUUAGCACCCGCAAUUCAUUCUCAAAAAUUGGGCCAGAAACUUUAUUGGAUGUGAACAGGAUUUUGGAGACCUCUCUGAAUCCCGUCACAAUCGACUCUCCACUCAGGAAUAACACAGCGUUGUAG